CCAAGUCAUCUUCCAGGAAACUGCUGAAGCUGAGAACCAAAAUCAGGAAAGAAGAAAACCUUUCUCAUGUGUCAUCUGUAAGAAGCGUUUGACUUCAAAAUCUGUUUUUGAUAUUCAUAUGAGAACUCAUACGGGUGAAAAGCCGUUUUCAUGUGUGAACUGUGGAAAAAGUUUUCGUCAAAAACAGCAUUUAUCUCGGCAUAUGAUGAUUCACACUGGUGAAAAGCCGUUUUCAUGUGUGACCUGUUUAAAAAGUUUUAUUCGAAAACGGGCUUUAACUCAGCACAUGAUGAUUCAUACUGGUGAAAAGCCGUUUUCAUGUGUGACCUGUGGAAAAAGUUUUAGUCGAAAACAGCAUUUAACUGGACACAUGAGAACUCAUACAGGUGAAAAGCCGUUUUCAUGUGUGAAUUGUGGAAAAUGUUUUGGUUAUAAACUGGCUUUAACUCAGCACAUGAUGAUUCACACUGGUGAAAAGCCGUUUUCAUGUGUGAACUGUGGAAAAAGUUUUGGUUAUAAACUGGCUUUAACUCAGCACAUGAUGAUUCACACUGGUGAAAAGUCUUUUUCAUGUGUGAACUGUGGAAAAAGCUUUAGUCAAAAAACACAUUUAACUAAGCACAUGAUGAUUCACACUGGUGAAAAGCCGUUUUCAUGUGUGAACUGUGGAAAAAGCUUUAGUCAAAAAACACAUUUAACUAAGCACAUGAUGAUUCACACUGGUGAAAAGCCGUUUUCAUGUGUGAACUGUGGAAAAAGUUUUAGUCAAAAACCGAGUUUAACUGAGCACAUGAGGAUUCACACUGGUCAAAAGCCGUUUACAUGUAUGACCUGUGGAAAAAGUUUUGGUUAUAAACUGACUUUAACUCGGCACAUGAUGAUUCAUACUGGUGAAAAGCCGUUUUCAUGUGUGACCUGUGGAAAAAGUUUUAGUCAAAAACCGAAUUUAACUCAGCACAUGAUGAUUCACACUGGUGAAAAGCCGUUUUCAUGUGUGACCUGUGGAAAAAGUUUUAGUCUAAAACAGAGUUUAACUGAGCACAUGAUGAUUCAUACUGGUGAAAAGCCGUUUACAUGUGUGAACUGUGGGAAAAGUUUUAAUCGAAAACAGAGUUUAACUCAGCACAUGAUGAUUCAUACUGGUGAAAAGCCGUUUUCAUGUGUGACCUGUGGAAAAAGUUUUAGUCUAAAACAGAGUUUAACUCAGCAUAUGAUGAUUCACACUGGUGAAAAGCCGUUUUCAUGUGUGACCUGUGGGAAAGGUUUUAGUCAAAAACAGAAUUUAACUAAGCACAUGAUGAUUCACACUGGUGAAAAGCCGUUUUCAUGUGUGACCUGUGGGAAAAGUUUUAUUCGAAAACAGAGUUUAACUAAGCACAUGAUGAUUCACACGGGUGAAAAGCCGUUUUCAUGUGUGAACUGUGGAAAAGGUUUUAGUCAAAAACAGAAUUUAACUAAGCACAUGAUGAUUCACACUGGUGAAAAGCCGUUUUCAUGUGUGAACUGUGGAAAAAGUUUUCUUCAAAAACCGCAUUUAACUAGGCACAUGAUGAUUCACACUGGUGAAAAGUCAUUUUCAUGCGUGAACUGUGGAAAAAGUUUCAGUGGAAAAUAUAAUUUAACUGAGCACAUGAGGAUUCACACUGGUGAAAAGCAGUUUUCAUGUGUGACCUGUGGAAAAAGUUUUUUUCAAAAACAUGACUUAACUCGUCAUGUGAUGAUUCACACUGGUGAAAAGCAGUUUUCAUGUGUGACCUGUGGGAAAAGUUUUAUUCGAAAACAUGAUUUAACUCAGCACAUGAUGAUUCACACUGGUGAAAAGCCGUUUUCAUGUGUGACCUGUGGAAAACGUUUUAGUCAUAAAGCGAAUUUAACUAAGCACAUGAGGAUUCACACUGGUGAGAAGCCGUUUUCAUGUGUGAACUGUGGAAAAUGUUUUAUUCAGAAAUCAAAUUUAACUACGCAUCUGAUGAUUCACUCUGGUGAAAAACCAUUUUCAUGUGUGAACUGUGGAAAAAGUUUUGGUGACAAACGGAAGUUAACUCAGCACAUGAGGAUUCACACUGGUGAAAAGCCGUUUUCAUGUGUGACCUGUGGAAAAAGUUUUAUUCGAAAACAGGAUUUAACUGAGCACAUGAUGAUUCACACUGGUGAAAAGCCGUUUUCAUGUGGAAAUUGUGGAAAAAGUUUUUGUCAAAAACAAAAUUUAAUUCAGCACAUGAGGAUUCACACUGGUGAAAAGCCUUUUUCAUGUGUGACCUGUUUAAAAAGUUUUAGUAAUAAACAUAAUUUAACUAAGCACAUGAUGCGUCACACAGUUGAAAAGCUGUAGAAUUAUGUUCCAUGAAUGUCCUAUGUUGUAUUUGUUAAAUGUGAUCAUUUUGAUCUUCACAUUUGGAUACUUGUAGAUGUUCAACCAUGACACAUUUUCCUUCUUUGAUGUUUUAUUUUUCUGGUAUAUUCUGUAUCAAAAAACAAUAAUG